AAAAUAAAACAAUAAAUAAAGAAAACUUAAAAAAAAAAAACUUUUAAAAAAAAACAACCUAACUGGGCAAGAUCAAUAUCAUGUGACUGUGUGUGUGUGCGCUUGUUUCCUCCACCCAUGUGAUCAGGGCGGUGGUAUAAAAACCAGGAGAAGAUCCGCCCACUAUGUGAUUCAAGGUUUGGCCCGUUUGCCGGCACAUUUUAUCCCUCAGUAAAGCAUCAACGGGACUGUUCGUUUAGUCGGCGAAUAAAGAAACCCUGAAAACAUAUGGAAAUAGCGAGCAAACAGGGUAUAUGAGUUGCUGAAGAGAGAGAGAGAGAGAGAGAGCUUUUGCGCAUCUCAUCAUCUUCCUCAUCUGGAGCGCGCGGCUGUGUGGUGUGGUGGAGCCAUGACUCUGAGCUCAGAGAUGUCGGAUGCCUCCAUCCUUUCGGAAGAGACCGACAUAGACGUGGUGGGAGAAGAUGGAGAUGGAGAUGGAGACAACCAGACGCGCUCCUCCUACGUGGACGAGGUGGCACAGCUGCACGGUUCCUCUCCUCCUCUUCCUCUGGACACCUCCACCUCAUCCUCCUACAACAAGCCUGCAUGCAAGAACACCCUGGUGAAGCCUCCUUACUCCUACAUCGCCUUAAUCACCAUGGCCAUCCUGCAGAGCCCCAAGAAGCGCCUCACUCUCAGCGAGAUCUGCGACUUCAUCAGUAACCGUUUCCCCUACUACAGAGAGAAGUUCCCAGCAUGGCAGAACUCCAUCAGACACAACUUGUCUCUAAAUGACUGCUUCGUGAAGAUCCCCAGAGAGCCAGGGAACCCAGGUAAAGGCAACUACUGGACCUUGGAUCCGGAGUCUGCAGAUAUGUUCGACAACGGGAGCUUUCUGCGCAGGAGGAAGCGCUUCAAGAGGCAGCAGGCGCAGGACUUGCUGCUGCGGGAACACGGAGGCUUUAUCCCCGCAGCCGCUGCAGCUGCGUACGGGUACGGACCGUACGGCUGCGGAGGAUAUGGCAUCCAGCUGCAGUCCUAUCAUACGCACAAUGCACUUUUUGCAUUGCAGCAGCAACAACAGCACUCCAGGCAUGCACAUGCACACGCACAAACCCUUAUCCCUGCACCGUCUUUGAUGCACACCACCACCACGGACUGCAGGAGUAGGUUUUACCCGCAGAUCAGCUCCAGUCUGCAGGCUGCAGCAGCCAGCGUGCAUGCUGCAGCAGCACCGGUGCACAAGUCCAGCUCUCCUGUGCAGAGGUCUCCUUUCUCCAUAGAGAGCAUCAUAGGAGGGUCUAUGAGCCCCUCCAGGACUUCUCCAUCCUCUCUGGGGCCUCCAGUUUUACACCCAGUAGAAAACUUUCCCAACACCAACACCAACACCAACAGACUUGUGAGCGACUGUUAAAAAUGUCUUAACAACAAAACUUUUUCAAGAAACUUAAAAAAAAAAACAGCAACAAAAACACCCCC